AUGCCAUGGAUUCUGCACGCACUAGCGGCAGCCAGCCAGGGCAUCGUGCGCCUAAAGCUGUAUGGCUACGGCUUAAGCGAGGAUGACAGCGGCACCGUGGCCGCCUCUUCCGCCGCCUUCGCCACCAGGGUACGGCGCCCUGAGCAUUGCCUGUCGCCGCCACCUCCUGCUACGGCGUCGGCGUUUGGGAUCCUAAAUGUCGACCAUUCUUCCCCUUGUCAGAAAGGUUCUGGAUUGUCCUUGCCGGGGACUAUGCCAACAGUGGCGGCGGCGCCGUCGCCGCCGCAGCGCUGCACGGCAGCGCGACGGCGUCAGGAGGCUCCGUCAGCCGCAGGGCCAUGUAAUGCACGGGGCGCGCCGCCGCUGCUCCGGCUCUUGGCACACCAACUGCAGGAGCUAAAGCUGCAGGACUGCAGUAUCCUCUCGGGGAACAGCCGCGGCGGUAGCACCGGUCCGGGUCCCUCUGGCCCCGGCAGCGGAUCAGGGUUAGUGCCUGCGACAGCCGUGCCGGGACGUGGCGACGGGGGCGGCAACGGUGGAUGUUGCACGAUCUGCGGUGGCGCGUAUGGCAUUCCGCCGGCAGCCAUGCCACUGUGCACUGCUCUGCGGAGCUGUACGGCGUUGCGGCACUUGGGGCUUCGCCACUCGGCCGCCGACGGUUGCCCCGUGCUACAGCUGCUGUUGCAACCCGGCGUCUGCUACUGCGGCGGCGGCAGUGGUCGAAUACUCCCCCGUUGGACCACCUCCCGCAUGUCCUCUUGCCUUCCAAGUGGCCCGACUGGAUCACGGGCCGUAGGAGAAGACUCAGGCCAGCGCAGCAGGAGUGGCUGCGGCGCUACUGCCCCCGCGCUCGAUAGAACGACGGCAACCACAGACCAGAGCCUCUCCGCGCCGCCGCCGCCGCCGCCGCCGGCCAUCCUGGGGACCCUGACGCAGCUCCUUUCACUCAAGGUUCAGACCCCGCUGCCCGCGCCUGGCGGCCUGGACGCCCUGGCGGCGGCGCUGCGACAGCUGAGGGGCCUUACGAGGCUGGAGCUGGGCGCGCGGACUGCCGUGCCAUCGGUGGCAUCGCUGUUGCUGCGUGCGCAGCCACUGCAAGCGACUGGCGCGUCUCUGUCUCCGCAGCAGCCGCUGCUGAGUAAUCUCCGUGAUCUAAGCCUCGUGAGCGCGCAGGUGACGUCAGCAGUGGAGCUGGCGGCGCUGGCGGAGCUCCGCGAGCUGACGAGGCUGUCGUUGGGUUCGCUCAGCGUGGCGGUCCCGACGAUAGCGGCUGCGGCGGCGGGGCCCUGCGAAGCCACCGGCUCAGGGUCAGGCGUGCAGGACUCCCCACGGUGCCGUACGUCACACCAAGGAUCAGCCAGGGCCGCGGCGUCAGCCCUGCAGCUGCCGCUGCCUCCACGGCUUGGGGAGCUGAGCAUUGCGGCGCCGUUGUCCCCUGCGACGCUGCUGGCGCUGCGUCAGCCGCCGUCGCUACAAACUUUGCGUCUCACAGGCUUUACGCUCGACAUGAAUGACGUAGAAGAUCCUGGAGCUGACGGCGGCGGCGCCGAUGAUGAUGGCAGCGCGCCGCUAGUGAUGCGCACCUCCUCAGAUCGCCAGUUGUCUGAAGCUCUCGCGGCGCUUCACGGCCGCUUCGCGUACCGCGAUCUCGGCAUCGAGCUGCACAUUGGUUUCCUGGGGCCGGCAGCAGGGCGGCGGCGCUACCUGGCGGCGCCGGACGGCGCCUACCGACCCGUGGGUCAUUGGACCUGGGCUUCGCGGCUUGUGCCGUUGGCACUACAGGGCUUAGAGCUGGCGGGGUUGGAGCUAUCGGAGGGAGAUGUGUCGGCCCUGGCGCGUCAUCUGUGUACGCUGGAGGUACGGCAGGUUGGCGUGCUGAGGCAGGAAGGCUGGUUCCGGAGCGCGGCAAGGAAAGAAAAAGCGUCCGCGUUUGUGAGGAACUUUAGUUUAGGCAGCACAUGUCACACGUACUUUAUUUCGUGCUUUAUUCAUUCUUCACAAUUUCACCCCCCUUUUAACGCAUCUAUCAAUAUGUAA